AUGCAUUGUGAGAGGUUUCUAUGUAUCCUGAGAAUAAUUGGAACCACACUUUUUGGAGUCUCUCUCCUCCUUGGAAUCACAGCUGCUUAUAUUGUUGGCUACCAGUUUAUCCAAACAGAUAAUUACUACUUCUCUUUUGGACUGUAUGGUGCCUUUUUAGCAUCACACCUCAUCAUCCAAAGCCUGUUUGCCUUUUUGGAGCACCGAAAAAUGAAAAAAUCCUUAGAAACCCCCAUUAAAUUGAACAAAACUGUUGCUCUUUGCAUCGCUGCGUAUCAAGAAGAUCCAGACUACUUACGGAAAUGUUUGCAAUCUGUGAAAAGGCUCACCUACCCUGGGAUUAAAGUGGUCAUGGUCAUAGACGGGAACUCGGAAGAUGACCUCUACAUGAUGGACAUCUUCAGUGAAGUCAUGGGCAGGGACAGAUCAGCCACUUAUAUUUGGAAGAACAACUUUCAUGAGAAGGGUCCCGGUGAGACGGAGGAGUCCCAUAAAGAAAGCUCCCAACAUGUCACCCAGUUGGUUUUGUCCAACAAAAGUAUUUGCAUCAUGCAGAAAUGGGGUGGAAAAAGAGAAGUCAUGUACACGGCCUUCAGAGCCCUGGGACGAAGCGUGGAUUAUGUGCAGGUUUGUGAUUCAGACACCAUGCUAGACCCAGCCUCAUCUGUGGAGAUGGUAAAAGUUUUAGAAGAAGACCCCAUGGUUGGAGGUGUUGGGGGAGAUGUCCAGAUUUUAAACAAGUAUGAUUCCUGGAUCUCCUUCCUCAGCAGUGUGAGAUACUGGAUGGCUUUUAACAUAGAAAGGGCCUGCCAAUCUUAUUUUGGGUGUGUCCAGUGCAUUAGCGGACCUCUGGGGAUGUACAGAAACUCGUUGCUGCAUGAAUUUGUAGAAGACUGGUACAAUCAGGAAUUUAUGGGCAGCCAAUGCAGUUUUGGUGAUGACCGGCAUCUAACGAACAGAGUGCUGAGUCUGGGCUAUGCAACAAAAUACACAGCUCGAUCCAAGUGCCUUACGGAAACACCUGUCGAGUAUCUCCGAUGGUUAAACCAGCAGACCCGUUGGAGCAAGUCAUACUUCCGAGAGUGGCUGUACAAUGCCAUGUGGUUUCAUAAACAUCACUUGUGGAUGACCUACGAAGCGGUUAUCACUGGAUUCUUCCCUUUCUUUCUCAUUGCCACGGUAAUCCAGCUCUUCUACCGGGGUAAAAUUUGGAACAUCCUCCUCUUCUUGUUAACUGUUCAGUUAGUAGGUCUCAUCAAAUCAUCCUUUGCCAGCUGCCUUAGAGGAAAUAUCGUCAUGGUCUUCAUGUCCCUCUACUCAGUGUUGUACAUGUCAAGUUUACUUCCCGCCAAGAUGUUUGCAAUUGCAACGAUAAACAAAGCUGGGUGGGGCACAUCUGGAAGGAAAACCAUUGUUGUUAAUUUCAUAGGACUCAUUCCAGUCUCAGUUUGGUUUACAAUCCUCCUGGGUGGUGUGAUUUUCACCAUUUAUAAGGAAUCUAAAAAGCCAUUCUCGGACUCCAAACAGACAGUUCUAAUUGUUGGAACGUUGCUCUAUGUAUGCUAUUGGGUUAUGCUUUUGACUCUGUAUGUGGUUCUUAUCAAUAAGUGUGGCAGGCGGAAGAAGGGACAACAGUAUGACAUGGUGCUUGAUGUAUGAUCUUACAUUGAUUGACAUUUGCAAUCACACCUGGGGACACAAACAAAACCUUAGUUCCUGUAAAGACCGUACAGUAUUGUGGCAUCAGAGAAUGCCACCACAGGAGACAUAUCACUGCUGCUGGGACUUGAAACAGAGCCAUUUCUAUGGGUUUAUUUUGAUUCUGCCAAAGUAAAAUGAUACAUCAACAAGAAGAAACUCAGAUGUAACCUGUUAUUUCUAUGAAAAUGGGAAGAAUUCUUUGUUUAUGCACUUUUCCCUUACUGUACAUCUGCCUAACAGUGUUUUGCCCUAUAUACCUCACUAGCCAUGCUUUAUGUGGGUUAUCAUGGAAGAAAGGAUUUUGGAAACUCAAGGAAACGUUCUUACAACGUGUACAACCUAACUUAUGGACUGUGUCGAUAGCUAAUUGUUUUUUAGAAAGGGUUUUCUGUUUAACUCUACCAAAUGAAAUGCCAAAGGAAAUUUUAAGGCCGUUGGCUAUGCUGUAUUUUUAUAUAAUUGUACUGUGUUUUAAAAUUUUGUAUGCCCAUUUUUAAAACAAAUCUUGCAUAUUCUAUAUUUUACUUCUCUGCCAAAAUACACCUGUUCUUCCUUUAUAAAAAAAUAAAAUAAAAUAGGUUCUAAAAAAAAGUUCAAACUUAUAAAACCUACCCAAAAUGUGAAGCUUGGUUGACGGAUGUUGUUCAUGAUAGAAAGAAUAAAAUGUUUCUCUCUCUA